AAGGCACAUGUUCGCCAAAAUGUCCGCCGAGGAAGAAAUAACCGAAACAAACGGCGAUGAAAGUGGAAAUAAGGCUAAAAAGCCCGGAAAAUAUGACUCCAGUGCGGCUGAUUUGGAGAAAGUAACAGACUUUGUUGAGGAAACCGAAAUCGCACCGCAAGAUAUUGGAGAGGCCAUAAGGGUAGCCAAUGAUGAAAACCAGAAGCUGUCAGUUGCCAAGAAAGAAAUGGAAAAAGAAUUGUCUAAAGUGAAGAUCACCAAGGAGGAUGUAGAUCUUAUUGUCCAUGAGAUGGAGAUAACUAGAAACCUCGCUGAGAGAAAACUGCGGGAACAUCGGGGGAAUGUGGUCGAAGCAUUGAUAGAAUUGACUAACUGAACGAGCCACUGAGGUGUUUCAUAAAUUAAAAUUGUUUUAAAUUAAUGUGAUAGAUUGAUCCAUGUAUCUUUGAGAAGUUCUUCAAAAGGAUGUUUAACUUCCAAUAAAGAUUACAUAGUGAAAGAACUAAUGAUUGAAGCUUGUUUAGAAGAUAUUUGAAUCUACAAAGGACAGCAUUGGAGAACAGAAUUGGGGAACAAUUUGACAAUUUAUUUUAAAGGUAUUUUUUUUGGAAUAAAUUAUAAUGCAUAUAAGGCAAUUUAUUUGGAUUUUUCUAUUAAAAAUUUAAUUCGCAUAUUACUAUUUGUAGUAGUGGUCAAGACAUUAUAGUUAUUGUGUAUUCAUAUCCUUAUGCUUCACAAUUCAGACCCUGCAAUUUCAUACUGAGCUUUGUUUCUGACUGAAAGAAAUAGCUGUUAAAUGUUAAUUCCAUUAUACUGUUAAACAUACAUGUACCCCAGAGAAAGAUAAAUACAACUUCAUUUCUGCAAGCAGUUAAUGGCAUAUCAUUCUUGAAAAGGUAAAAGGUGAACAUUGAAUAGUUUUGAAAGAAAUUGUGAAGAUAUUUGAUUUUUGUGAUGCUUUUUAUACCAUUCAAAAUAAAAGUUUUGAAAAUA